UAUACAGCUUGCAACAGUAAUGCUGAACCUCAAUGAACAGAUAGGAUUAUGGGCCACUCACGUUUCAUAUCGUUCUCUCUCGUAGCUUAUAUACACUCCAAUCCCUGUAAUGGCAACUCAACUAGUCCAGUUAAUCAGCCCAUUCACCGUAUCUUAUCGUAAUUAUCACUAUGGAUUCAAAACCAGUAACAACAAAAAGGUUAAUUGGUGCCGCUACACAGGGGGCCGGAGCGGUGGGUCCAAUUGGGAUUGGGAGAGGACUGUUAAGCCCAACCAAAGGUCCAGAUUCGGCAACCAAUUUGCGACAGAUGAUGAUGAUGAGGGGGAGGAGUUCGGGUUCAGGAACGCCGCGAAGCAGAGGAUUUGGUGGUCUGAAGAGUUUCACGAAGAAGAUGAAGAAGAGGAGGAGGAGGAAGGAUUUGGGAUUCUCGAAGGUUCCAUUGGUUUUAAUUGGAUUUUCAAGGUAUUCAGGGCCUUUGGUUGGAUGCUUCCAGCCAUCAUCAUUUCACUGCUUGUCGGAACAGGCCCCAAUACUAUCAUCAUGGCGUUAGCCCUACCGCUUGCACAAUCAACACUUUCAUUAGUUGCCGAUACAUUGUGGGGAAGGUCUGGGGACACCUCGAGCCCGAAGUCUAAGGGCAAGAAGUGGAAAUACUCUGGAGCUACUAGCAAUACCAGAGUUGGAAAGGAGAAACGAAAGGAUCCUCGUACUAGGAGGAAGGAAGCAUGGGAUUAUCGGUCAUGGGCAUCUGCAAGUAAUGUGUCAAACAAAAGUGGGAAGAGGGACCGACAAAAUUUUGGUGGAUGGGACGAGCUAGACAAGCAAACAGGAGUGCCCAAAUUGUCUAAUACAGCACCAAUUGUAAAGGCAAACAAACCAAGAAUGCAAGAUAAAGUUAAUAUGAGUCGGAGAACCAAGGGAGGUACUCCAUUACUCGUGAGACUGUUGAUUGCCGUAUUCCCAUUUUUGGGGUCUUGGACCAAGUUAUUAUGAUAGAUUCUUAUGGCAUGUUUGGUAAGAUGAUGAACGGCAUUAAAGAAAAAAAUAGUUAUAGCACACCAAACAUGCCUUUACUGUUUGUUAUGCUUGUAGGGGGAACUAUUCCCCCCUCAUUGCAAGCAACCGACUUUGAUUGUUAUUGUUAUUUGUCUCGGAAAGUUUCCAUGCUCAGAUCCAAAGUGAUGCAGCUUUACAUUCACGAUGGCAUGCAGUGGAACGACUAUGCCUGUGUUACUUGUUUGAUAGUGUGUAAGCUAAAAUCUUCUCUACUAUUCUAGUCAUGUCGAGCCCGGUGUACCAAAAAUUUCUUCUUGCCAGAUUUCUUAGUUCCAGCUUCACUAUGAUCGGAGUUGAAGCUUCGAAAUUCUGUUUCAUAAUGUGCAGUCAUUUCAUUUCCAAAUUAAUGAGGAAGUUCAGUUGUAAGUAAUUAUCUUUUAUUAGAGGGAACUAUCAGUGUAUAAAUUUUUGUUUUCUCGAUUUGUUAAUAAAUAAAUGUAGUUGGGUUCUUGCUU